CAUUAUCUCAUGAACAUUUGUCUUUCCUUGUGCCUGCUCGAACUCCUCUUCUCUUUAUUUUUUUUCCCCUCGUUUCCUUCAUCCAGCCCGCAUAUCCCACCCCAAUUUCUUAUUUACGCGCAACCGCGUCUCGGACCAGCUCCCACUCCUACUAUCUAUCACAUUAAACCCCUUCCCCUCCUCUCCCUUCAGAAGAAGACCAUCGAUAAUGCGUACCACAACCCUUUGCCUCGGUCUGGUUGCUCUCAUCUCCAGCGCAGUCCUCGCUCAGGAGAUCAUCGCGCCCGAAGAAUGGUUUGAGUCCCUAAGGCUUUCCCGCAGUCUCGACGCCCGCAAACUGCACCGAAAGAACAAGCACCACCACCACCAUCGACAGCGUCUGGCUAGCAUCCGGUCCCGGAACGUCAAUCUGAACAAACGCUCGACCAUUCCCAUCGUCCUCCCUGAUGUCGAGUCUUUGUCCUCCAAGUUACAGAAGCGGUUUGGGGAGUUCCCGCUGCUCCCAGAGCUGGAAGGUCGAGCAACAGCGUUUAGGAAGUUCCAGGAAGAGGGGGUUGUAGAGGUGCCGGAAAAUAUGAGGCCUUGAAGGAGAUGUCGCUGAAGGAGGGGCGGCAAUGAAAAGGACCCAGGUUGAGGGAAUGGCGAGUGGGUAGGUCAAGAAGUGGGAUACGAAGAGGGUGGCAAAAUGAACAGCAGCAGCAGCAGCAGCAGCAGCAAUGGUAAUGAGAGUCGUUCAUAAUUGGGUGAGUCGUAGCGUAGAUUAAUCGUCC